CAAAAUGAGCCAAAUAAAUUGUCACAAUGCCAGCUUUUAUUUUUCCGCCAAUUUAGAGAUUUUCUAUAAAAGCGUAUUUUAGAUGCGGAACUGAACUUAGUUAGUUAAAGACUUAAUUUGACAAUACAAUGCGUGCCUACUUGCUGCUUGCCCUUUUUGGAUGUGUGCUCUUGGCCACAGUGUCCGCAAAUCCGGUGGAUAUCGACGACUUGGAGGACUUCGAGGAGGAGAAACGAAUUGCCGAUGAGCAGGAUAAUAAGGAUAAGGAUAAGGAUGACGAGAAGGACAAGAAAGACGAGGACGAGAAGGACAAGAAAGACGAGAAGGACGAGGACGAGAAGGACGAUGAGGAUACAAAUGAACCCGAGUCCGACGACGAGUCAGAGGAACCCGAGUCCCAGGAUGAUAGCUCUGAUGAUGAAUCCCAAAACAAUGAUGAUUCCGAAAGCGACGAUAGCAACCAGAACAAUCAAGAAGGAAUGCGAUUCCUAAUUAUCGUUGCCCUUGUGGCCUUCUUGGCGGUUGGCCUUGUGGCUGCCCGACCAGCUGAGAAUGAGGAGUCCUCCGUCCAGGACACCAAUGAGGAUUCGUCCAGCAAUGAUGGUGUGGGAAACUCCAGUGCUGCUGAGGAAGGACCUGCUGUUGAAGAAAGUCAGGAUUCUGGAAAUGAGGCUAACCAAGAUGAGGAAUAUAGUGAGGAGGAGGAUUCAGACUAUGAAUCAAACGGAGAUGGUAACAAUGAGGAAGAUGACAACGAUUCGGAUGAUAAUACCGAAUCGGAUAAUAACAACGAUUCAGUAGACGAUCAGGUUCAGAUUCGUCCAUUCAGUCCCAUUCUCAUCCAAGCAAGACCCCUUUUCCUCGAAUAAUAACAAGUCUUCUUAAAUAUAGAUAUAUAAUAAAUAUUAAAAUAAAAAUGCCUAUGAAUAUAAUGCCUAGGAAACGUAAAAUAUAAAAGUAAUAUAUGUGGAUCUAUUACAAAA